UAUGCAAAUGCUCCAUAUAAGAGCUUGACCGUCGAGAAGGCCAUUCAAAACUGGAUUCAGUAUGAAGGUAAUGUGUUUAGGUUUCCUGGAGGAGGGACACAGUUUCCUCAAGGAGCAGAUAAGUAUAUUGAUCAGCUUGCUUCAGUAAUCCCGAUUCAAAAUGGAACUGUUCGGACAGCUCUGGACACUGGUUGUGGGGUUGCAAGUUGGGGUGCUUAUCUUUGGAAAAGGAAUGUCAUAGCAAUGUCAUUUGCCCCCAGAGACUCACAUGAAGCUCAGGUUCAGUUCGCUCUUGAAAGGGGUGUGCCCGCUGUUAUUGGCGUACUAGGAACAGUCAAAAUGCCAUACCCAUCUAAGGCGUUUGAUAUGGCUCAUUGUUCUCGUUGUCUAAUCCCAUGGGGAGCUGCUGAUGGAAUACUCAUGAUGGAAGUUGAUAGAGUUCUUAGACCUGGCGGUUAUUGGGUGCUUUCUGGCCCUCCUAUCAAUUGGAAGACUAAUUACAAGGCGUGGCAACGACCCAAGGAGGAACUUCAGGAAGAACAAAGGAAGAUUGAAGAUAUUGCUAAACGUCUUUGCUGGGAGAAGAAAUCUGAGAAGGGAGAGACUGCAAUUUGGCAGAAAAGGAUGGAUGCUGAGUCAUGCCAUUCAGAACAAGAAGAUUCUGCAGCUACGUUUUGUAAAUCUGCAGAUCCAGAUGAUGUCUGGUACAAGAAAAUGGAGGGAUGCACAACACCAAGCAAAGGUAAUGGUGAUGAUGAGGGUCUAAAGCCAUUCCCUGAGAGACUUUAUGCUGUUCCCCCACGCAUUGCUAAUGGACUAGUUUCUGGAGUCUCCGUUGAGGCAUAUCUGGAAGACAACAAGAAAUGGAAGAAGCAUGUAAGUGCUUAUACGAAAAUUAACAAACUCAUCGACACAGGAAGGUACCGUAACAUCAUGGAUAUGAAUGCUGGACUUGGAGGUUUUGCUGCAGCUCUUCAUUCUUCCAAAAUGUGGGUUAUGAAUGUUAUGCCAACAAUAACCGAGAAAAAUACCUUGGGGGUUAUAUAUGAACGAGGGCUUAUCGGAAUUUAUCAUGACUGGUGUGAAGCAUUCUCUACGUACCCAAGGACUUACGAUCUCAUUCAUGCUCAUGGUCUUUUCAGUUUAUACAAGGACAAGUAUGUAUUCCAUCUUUUUCCUUUUUUCUUUUUUUUUUUGUGUGACUUUGAAGACAUUCUCUUAGAGAUGGACCGUAUAUUGCGGCCAGAAGGCGCUGUUAUAUAG